AGAGUUCGUUUGCACAGGUCGGAGUGAAACGAAUGUCCGACUUUCUGUGAUACGGUGUAAAUUCAGUGGCGGGUGUGUUCGCAAAUGGAACGGAUUACCAGCCAGCAAGUGGAACAUGCCGUCAACGAGUUUUACGUUGGUGGAGCAUCCCAAUUACAAGUGCACCAAUGGCUUAAACAAGCGCAAUGUGCUCCCGAAAUGUGGGAGAUUGUUUGGACGCUGCUGGAGAAAGAAGGAUCUUCCGUCGAGGUGAAAUUUUUUAGCGCUAAGGCGCUUCAUUUGAAGAUAACAAAUUCGUGGUCGGACGUGCCGUUGGAUCAGCAAGACAAUUUGAAACAGAAGCUUGUUGAGCUCAUCGAACGUCAUGUGGCGGGUCCGAAAGUAGUCCUCACUCGUCUACUGAUGUGUUCGUGUUCAUUCAUAAUCCACUGUAUCCUGGAGCAACAAUCUGAUGCUGUGAAAGACUUCUUGUCCGCGAUGGUGCUCACGCGCUCCAACUCACCCACGUUGCUGCUGCAAUUGCUCACGUUGCUUCCAGAAGAGACCGAAGCCGCGAACUGCAAGGCUGAGCAGCGUGUGACUUUGAAAGUUGAGUUGCGGAAGUCUUUGGGCAACGUGUUAGAGCUUAUCAAGGAAAUUCUUGAGCAAGAAAUGGCUUCCGGCGAAGUUGGAGACGCGAGUGUGGACGCCUUGAGAUGUCUUCUAGCUUGGAUCCAAUUUGGCAUCAGUCUAGAUGUGCUUGAACCGGUGUGUCCCAUUGUACUGAGCAGCGUUGGCCAAGCAGCUACCUGUGAAUCCGCACUUGAAGUGCUUAGUGCAAUGCUCACUGAGGCCGGGUCUUGUGCUUCAAAGCUUCCUGAAACAACCUUCCGCAUCGUUUCCAAGCUUCUCUCCGUCGAGGCUCUGCUAGAUCAGGCUGAACAAACUGGUGCUACGGACAUGUGUCGAUCAAUUUUUAGCGCUCUGUUACCCGUUGGUGAGGCCAACAGCAAACUCAUCCUGCAAUGGCUGGCGUCAGACGAGGGACACGAAAAACGAGCAGUGGCAAUCCAGUUUAUAACUCUAGUGCUUCGCUGCUCAGCCGCUCCUGGCCACUUCCCAACAGACGAAGCCCACUCUGACCAAGCCUUCGGUUUUUGGUACAAUCUCCAAGACGCCCUUUCUAGUUUCUCUUGGCCGUAUUCCUCACCCGGAGAUGACGAGUGUCAGCGACGCAAAGAGUCCUGCGAAGCCCUCCUGGCACCCAUCCAGCGAUCGCUUGUGGAAGUCCUGUUGCGAAAAAGCUGCUACGCUCCUGACUACGACACCUGGGCCGACGAUGAACGUGAAAGCUUUCGAUGCUAUCGCCAGGACAUCGGCGACGCUCUCGUGCAGUGCUUUGAGGCUCUGGGGGUAGAGCUUGUGAGACUACUCGAGGCGGCACUCAUGGCCGGUGCUGCGAGACUACAAGCCAGUAACGGGCAAGACUGGGCGCCGCUCGAAGCCGCCGUGCACGCCUACGGUCACGUGGCGGAGUGCUUGUGUCGCCCUCAGUGUGACGGGAUCGUACCAGCCGUGCUUUUGUGUUUGCCGUGUUUAGUGUCUAGUAAUAACCGACAUUUGCUCUGUUCUUUGUUCACCAUGCUCGGUGCUCUCGCGGAAUGGCUGGAACUGAAUCCUGAGUUUCUCCCGGCUGUUGUUCACGUCUUGCUUCCUGCUCUCGCUGUUCCGGAGCUUGCAACUCCGGCGUCUUUAGCCAUCAAAGCCAUUACUUGCGACUGCUGGGAAGCUUUGCAGCCAUUCAAGGACGACAUUCUGACGCAUUGCAUGUCGGCAAUGAAGAGUGGGAAGCUACGGAGUUCCGAGUGCGUACGACUCAUGUAUCCCGUGGGACGGAUGUUGGGUAGUUUGCCGGUAGACGCGACUUUGUCGGCGUACUUGAGCACGUGUCUGGCGCCGCUUGUGGGUGAUGUGCAGGCCUUGCUUGGACAGCAGCCGACGGAGGCUGUGCGGGACGCGUUGGUGGUACAACUACGGAUGUUCGCCAUGCUCGCAUUUUCGCUGGACAUGGAUACCGCGAGGCGGACUACUCAGUGUGUUUCUGUGGAUGAAGAUCCGACGACGGCAUUAAUGCAGCCGCAGGAGCACGCGGCGCAGCAACAACAGCAGAGAGGUCUCAAGCGGAGAAUAGCGGAAGGCGGGGGUGGACUGGAAGUGGAAGAACCGAUUGCGCAAAAUAGGACGGGGCAAGCUGUGGUGCUGAUGCUGCAGCAGCUCCUGCCGACGCUGAAAGUUGUCGUACAACACUGGGCGGCAGACCCUAACGUGAUUGAGGCCGUAUGUAACUUGGUGGCGAAAACGUUGCUUUCGUUGGACGCCGGGUCGAGUCCAGCCCUAUUAGCAGACCUCAUAGUCACAAUCUCCACCAUGUACCAAUUGAAUCCUCAUCCUGCUGUGCUGGACCUUUGCAAGAACCUCUUCGUGCUUUAUGACAACAAUAACAACAACAAGAACAACCGUCCGCUGCAGCUUCAACAUGGCAUUUCGGGUUCUACUGAAAAUAAUAAUGCUGUUGCGACGAGUCGCAGUGAUGCCAACAAUGCGGCCCUGACAGCGUUUCUGUCGCAAAUCUGCUCUUCUACUCUGGUGGCAUUCGAAGCCACGCAGGACGUGAGGGAGCACAGUGACAUGCUGGAAGCGUUCCUGGUUCUUCUGAGCCAAGCCUUGAGGAAAAGACCCGCUCUAGUCCUGGGCAAUGCAGCGCUGAACCACGGCGCCGUAUUCCAGCUGGCCGUGCUGGCCCUCGGACUGCCAGAACACGGCGUGGCCAAAGCCGCCGCAUCCUACCUCGUGUCCUUUGUGGACCACGCCAAGGACACGCCGGCGUUGUACAACCUUCUCGUUGCAGAUCCGUGUUCUCCGGCAGAUAUCGGUGCAGGAGGCGGAGCAGUGCUCGUGGACCGAAUCGUCAAAUGUGCCGCCAGCGACGCCGUCAGAAGCGUGCUACCAUGUUUGGCAGAAGUGUUGCUUACGCUUAACAAACGAUUCCCGGAUUUACUGUCGAGGUUGCUUCCCGUCGCUGCCGCCUCGUCGUCGUCAUCAUCGUCGAUGUGUCCGGGCGAUAGUGAAAAGGCUCGUGUGGUUUUCGUGUCGGGUGUUUUGCGAGAGCGGAGUAGUAAGGCACGGAUGGCCGAGCUGGUGGUGAAUUUUGCGUCUGCCUGUCGCGGGCUCAUGAACACGGAAUACGGCCGUCAGACCUCUGCCAUGCUCAUCAAGGACGCUUCUGGCGGCUCUGGUCGUUCCCCCAACCCACCGAUGAUCCUUUGGACUGCUCUGUCAGUUGUGCUUGGCAUUGAGACUCGUGCGGAGAUCAUCCGGGGUCUUCCAUGCGUCAAGAUGCUGCACCAGCUGCUUUGCACCCGUCCUGGCAACACGUACCCAUCACAAGCGAUUGAGAGGUUCAUCGAUGAGAACAAGGCACUGAUCCGACGGAUGUACGGAGAGUUCAGUUCGCCGGCGGAGUUUUUCUCUUUUCGAGGCAAGCGCGACUCUGGGCCGUACGAGGAGUUCUUUGCGUCUGAUAUUGGACAGAACUCGUCCUCGCCCGAUGACUUUCAUCAAAAAUUUACCAACGUAGAUGAGAUCAUGCGAGUCCGUCGUGCCACAUCACCGACCUCAGGCCCGAGUGCUUCAGGUCAAGCCUCUGCUCCGCCUGCCAUCAACACAGACUCUUCUCGGGUCGAUGCGUGCCAGUCAAAGACAGAAGUUGUGACUCCAUACUGGGCCUCCAAUUCAGCCGGAAAAAUCAGGGCCAUUGUAAACACACAGCAUUUCGAACAAGCCAUCUACCAAGAAAUUUGCCAAACUGGGAGACAGACCUCACGUUGUCAGGGUGGUUGCAGCUGCGAGCAGAAGUACAAGUGGCACCGCUUGCUGGCUUACGACCCAGACAAUGAUUGCGCCGGCAUCUUCAUGGAUUGGUUCCUCUUCCCAUCGUGUUGUGUGUGCAGGUGCAAUAUCUCGUGA